AUGCCUAGGUCUAACCAAAUUGUAACCAUCAAAAUUAAUGUUUUUGACGGAAAAGAAGGUACAGAUAAUAAUGAUGAUGUGCUUGUUGAAAAGACUGUUCAUGUAAAGAAGGAGGAUUUUUUGUCCAUCAAGUCCAAAAAUGCUUUGGCGGAAUAUUUGAACACAGAAUUACCUGGCUUGUUACCAAAACAAUCCGAUUGUUUGAAUUUUACCAGAAAGUCAAAGAAACAUAAAUGUUUUAUUUCUUUGGAUAAUGAAGAGGAUUUUAAAUCUCUUGGUAGAAGUUUAAAAGUGAAGAACCAUGUCAAAUUGAAUGUUCGGGUUUUGUCAUUGCCUCAAGGACCACCACCACCUUCUUGUUCUUGUUCUUCUUCUUCUUCUUCUUCUUCAACUACUACCACCACCACAGCAGAUGUUGGUUCCACUCCCAUCUCAUCAAUUGAUUUUGCAAAGUUGGGAGACGCGUUGCUUGAAGCAACUUUGGAACAUUUCAAAGAUUUCUUUAUUGAAAACAGACAUGGAACCACUGGUACUAAGACAAAUGCAACUACACAAAAGAAUGAGACGGUUACUGCUACUGCUAAUGUUGCCUCUGAUGCUUCUAGUGCUACUGCUGCUCCUACUUCAUCUUCUUUUGCUUCGCCUGGAAACAAUAAGUCACCGGGCAAAAAUGGUUCUACUGAUGAACAUGUUGUUGUCCACACAAAUAUCGCAUGUGACAAUUGUUGCCCGGACGACUUCAUUCCCCUUGAAGGUGUUAGAUAUUGUUGCUUAGUUUGUCAAAAUUAUGACCUUUGUGCUGAUUGCGAGAGUAAACAGCAAGCUGAAAAGUUGACUUAUGGAACUCAUUCUUAUUUGCAUCCAAUGGCAAAAAUAAUUGCACCUGAUACUUUCACCAGAGACUUCAGCAAUAAAUUCAAUGUUCAUCAUGGUAUGGAAUACCCUGAUAUGUCAAAUCCAUUCCAUAACACGGGACCUGAUGACAUUGUUUAUGAUAUACCAUUAUCCAGUUGCUCUGUUGAAAAUAGAACUAGGUUAGAGAACCUUCUUGAGUCAAAAGGAUUUGAACGUUUUAUCAAGGAUGUUGAUGGUAUUAUUGGCAGAAGUGACAAGUAUUUACUACUUUUAAGCAUUUUGGACGCAAAUGGCUUAUCAUUUUCCAAUGAAAAGGAAAAGCACCAAUAUUUGGAAGAAUGCAUUGAGGAGUACUUAUUGAGAAAGGCUUUUACUGAAUCGGUGAAUGAGCAACAAAUUGAAAGUGAUGACGAGGAAGUAGCAAAAGGUGAUGCAGUAAUCAAUUUAAGUUUGGGGUCAUCACUGACAAAGCUGUCCCUUCAAUUGGUCAAUAAGUCUGAUGUUGCUAUUGACGGUGGUGAUUUUGAAAUUGAACUUAUUGAUACCAAUCAAUCAAAGUAUUCAACUACAAUCAAGUCUGCUAUUGUGAAACCUGGUCAAGUGAAAUUUUACAAGUUGGAUGUCGUGCCUAAAGAUUUUGUACUCAAUCAUAGUACAAAGUUGCUGAUUUUCACCCCUAACGUGGUCAUGACAAGUUUAAGAGUUGAAGAAAACGAGUUUCAAAUGAAGAUCAAGACUAAAGAGGCUAAGAAAGGAGGUCUCGAGGAUUCAUUCGUGGACUCUGGUACAAUUAAAAAAGAUGUCAAUUGCAUUGAUGAGAAUGAAGUCGGGAUGAAUGAGUACCCAUUGUCCCAAAAAACUGACGAUAUCGUUGUUACUUACAAAAUUCAAUCUGGACUGAUUUUGAAUCUUGAAUUGCAAAACAAUUCAAAUACUACUUUUAACUGUAAUGAUUUGAAGAUUGAAGUUUACGAACAAGAUGUGAAGGUUCUGGAGCUGGUUAUCCACAGGCCUCAUGGUAUUAAGCCAGGUUGCUUAACUAAAGCCAACAUUAUUUUGAAAAAUCCAAUCACUCAAUUCCCACUUCGUAUGGAAUUCCACUCUGGUGACAAUAAAGCUACAUGCAGCUUUUCCGGGGGCCAACAACAAUCUUGUUUGACGUUUUUGAAUAAUGAAGUGAAUGCCAAUUCAGUUUCCUCGGAUAAAGAGAUGUCUGAACCGGUGGAUGAUAAUGUGAGUACAAGACUGAAUUCAGAAACCCAGUCUGCUUCUUUCCAUUCAAUGGUUUUGCCAGUUUUAGCACGUGAAAGUAUCGACUUGUCCGAUUUUAUUGAUGCUAAUAGUGGAUCUAGAAAUAACGAUGAAGAUCAAUAUGGGUACGAGGUGGUAGUGAUGAUGAUGAUGAUGAUGAUGAUGAUGGCGAUAUUGAUUCGGAUUUUGAGAUUCUUUCUUUAG